UCGACCUUGACAUGCUUUCAAAGCUCAAAAAGCUGACUGCACUUGGUUUUGGAGGAGGCAAUAAAUUGUUUUUUCUUGAAGGGAAGAACACUUCGAAUGUAACCAUUCCUUCUCAAAUUCAAUAUUUAGAAUUAAGUUCAUGCAAUUUGGUUCAUUUUCCCAAUUUUAUACAACACUUGCAUGAGUUGACUGAUCUUUUCAUAUCAAGCAAUAGCAUAAAGACAAUACCCAGUUGGAUAUGGAAUAAAACAACUCUUGAGAGGUUGGAGAUUUUCAACAAUCUAUUGAUAGGAGAAAUAUCCCCCUUGAUAUGCAAUCUGCAAUCUCUUGUGCAUCUUGAUUUAUCUUCCAACAAUUUAAUUGGCAUGAUUCCAUCAUGUUUGGGAAGUUUUAGCCAAGUUCUUCGCUUUUUGAAGCUUGCAGGAAACAAAUUGAUUGGCAAUAUUCCUCAAACUUAUUCUAAAAGAAAUGCCCUUCAGUUCAUUGACUUUAGCUCUAACAAGUUGUCUGGUCAAUUACCAAGAUCAUUAGUCAACUGUAGAAAGCUAGAGCUUCUUGAUGUGAGCCAUAACCAUUUGAAUGAUUCAUUUCCUUUUUGGUUACAAUCUCUUCCUGAAUUGAAGGUUAUUUCUUUACGUAACAAUAAAUUUCAUGGAGCUAUUAAGUGCCCAUCAAAUUGUACUUUUUUGAAACUUCACAUCAUUGAUCUUUCUCAGAAUGAUUUUUCUGGAAAUUUGUCAUCAGAAGUAAUCAAGAAUUUCAAAUCAAUGACACUUUCUAACACAAGUGGUCCAGCACAUUUCAAAGACGACAUUUAUUAUUUGCAAUAUUCUUGGAUUGAUAUUGAUUGGUUUUUAUUUUCAAUGUCCAACAAAGGAGUUGUCAUGAAUUAUCAUGGUCAAUACUUUCAUCACAUCGUAGCCAUUGAUCUUUCUUGUAACAAAAUUUCUAGUGAGAUUCCAGAUACCAUGGGAAGUUUGAAUGGUCUUGUUAUGCUCAACUUGUCCAAUAACAUGUUUACUGGCAGCAUCCCAUCUUCCUUUGGAAAGCUUUCAAAUCUUGAAGUGUUGGACCUUUCUCUCAAUAACUUGUCAGGGAAUAUUCCUCAACAACUCACAGGGCUAACCUUCUUGGAUUUCUUCAAUGUGUCUUUCAACAAUCUCUGGGGUCCAAUCCCAGAAAAUGACCAACUUUCAACAUUUGAUGAGAAUUCAUUUAAGGGAAACAAAUAUUUGUGUGGGAUUCGGUUGUUGAAGAAAUGCAAAGAUCAUUCUACACCUCCACUACCAACAUCUGAUGGUAAUCAAGACUCUGAAUCGGGAUCUUUCUUUAAAUCUAAUUGGAUGGUAAUUCUAAUUGGAUAUGGGGGUGGCCUUGUUGCUGGGUUAGCAUUGGGAAAUGCUUUUGCUGGAGAUGUUUUUAGGUUGCUGAAAAGGAUCUUUUAAAUCACAAGUUUAGAUUUUGUUAUUUUCAUGUGUGUAAUGUUAGAUCAUUUUCAUUUUGUGUUUUCAUUUGAAGUUGUGUUUAUCUCAUGUAAGAGUGGGUCAUGUGUAAUUCCAA